AUGGCACUUGUUUAUUUUGCUGUUUAUGAUUGUGAUGUAUUUUCUCGUGAUGAUAAACUUGCACAUUUUUGUUUACCAUUAACAGUAAUGCAAACAGGUUAUCGUCAUAUUCAUUUACGAGCUAAUAAUAAUGAUCCAAUACAUUCAACAAUAUUUGUUCGUGUUGAUAUUGAAGAUGUUGAUGAAGAAGAUAUGAUAUAUGUACGAUUGUAA